AUGAUGAUGAUGAUGGAUGCCUUGUACAUAAUACUCCUUGAGGACCCCAUCCAACCGUUCGAUCAAGGAGGCGAGCGGUCUAGAUGUAACUAAAGCAAAGAAUGCAGGCUCUCCGUCGUAUCAGCCAUCAAUGCGUGCAGCUGCGCCCGCCUUCUACCAGGGGAGAGGAAGUGGUGGGAAGAAGCCCGUCGACGACAAGGCGGGGCCGCGACGGGGACGCCGACGCUUUGUCCGGUUCUUCCCCUCGGCGGGCCACCAGGUGAAAUCCGGUGAAUGGACCGCUCGCCCAAUGGCGUUCGAGGAAGCGGAUGGCCUUCUCGACCUCCACCAAUGCCGUUCGAGAUAAGCCCCUUUAAGGGCCCCACAAGCUUCUUCCCGGCCUCUCAUAGAUCGACACGACGCCAAAAGCGCAUUCCACGGGCCCCCACGCGCCCGCUUCCCCGUCCCGCGAACAUAUACCACUAAUGCCGGUGCUGCACCUGCUUGCGUCGUCUUCCCUCGCUUUCCUCACUCUCUCCCUCGCUCCCUCCAUCUGGUUGGGUAAGGAGAGCGCUGGCUUCUUCUCCGGCGAUGGGAUGCACCGAGAAGCAGCGCCCGGCCAGCGCGGUGGGCGCCAAGACGGCGCGACCCUGCGAUGGUUGCCUCCGCCGACGCGCCCGGUGGUUCUGCGAGGCCGACGACGCCUUCCUUUGCCAGGCCUGCGACGUGUCCGUCCACUCCGCCAACCCUCUUGCCCGCCGCCAUCGCCGCGUCCGCCUCAAGACUGCCUCCUUCUCCGGCUUUUUAUCUACGACGGAGGAUGGGUUGGGCGAUCAUGCGACACCCGCGUGGCUUCAUGGCUGCAAGCGCAAGCCCAGAACCCCUCGUGGCAAGCCGGGGGUUGCCGGAGCACCCACGGCGGCCAAAGUGGAGCCCCUCGUGCCCGACCUCGAGGCGUUAUCGGCGGAGGAGAACCAAUUCAACGAGGAGGAUCAGCUCCUCCACUGCGUGCCCAUCCUUGACCCUGUUCUCGCCGAGCUAUUAUCCCAGCCUCACCACGACCACGCCAACGGUUCGGACACAGAGGCGAAGCCGGCCGUGCAGCUCUUGGAGCAGGCUCACGUCUCCGCCGUCCCCACCGCUGACGGUCUUGGGGGUUUUCAUGCCUCGGACUUGGAGCUCGAGCAGUUUGCGUCGGACAUGGAGGUCUUGCUUGGAUCGGGGCUCGACAACGACUCCUUCUGCAUCGACGGGCUGGGUUGGAUGAACGGCACGGUGGAAGACGACAGCGACGGACAGGUGAAGGUGGAGGUGGACUUGGACGUCGCCAGGACGAGCAGCAAUUUCAGAAUGGAGAUGGACCUUCCCAAGUGGAAACUGGACCUCGGUUUCGAUUCACAGAUGAUGGCAGUCGAAGUGGACGAGCAUAAGCCAUUGCAGCAGGCGGAGACGGCUUCAGAUAACUACAGGGCGGAGGCAGCCGCGAAGAGGAAGAUGAUACUGAGGCUGGACUACGAGGCUGUCAUCGCCGCUUGCUCUUCUAAUGUGUUGUCGCUGUGGAUAGAUGGGGUGAGACCGGAUUUCGAUCCCAACGAUUCAUGGCCGGACGUACCAGCGAUGGCAGGAGGAGCAGCAGCGAUGAAGGAGAUGCAUUAUCAACAGGAGGUGGCUCACGCGGCGGACGAAGGAAGGGAGGCGAGGGUGUCGAGGUACCGGGAGAAGCGGAGGAGGAGGCUGUUCUCGAAGAAGAUACGGUACGAGGUGCGGAAGCUGAACGCGGAGAAGCGGCCGAGGAUGAAGGGCCGGUUUGUGAAGCGGCCGGCGUUCCCAGCCGCCUUAGCCUGUCGGUGAAACAGGAGCCGUCGAGCCCUUAGACUUGUAGAAUACCUUAGAAUAGUUAGUCGUCUCUCCUUUCUUAUGCUGAGAAAGGGCAGAUCUAUUACCUACCACAUGCAACCUUUAGAGCAUGGCUACGUAGUUAUCUGGAAUUGCCUGCAAGAAGAGUAAUAGUUUUUGUGCUGUCAGUGCAAGCAGGAAUUAGCGUAGAAUUAUCAACGGUAGUUGAUAUGUUGUAUAGAUAUGAAGAAAUUUGGGACUCUCUACUACAGUACUAGUACAUGAAAUUUGCUGAAGCAACUGUGAAGAUUGAGA